AUGCCGAAACGUAUACCCUUCCACAUAGUUUACGCAACCAGUGAAGACAGUUCAUAUCCAGCAUGCGAGUUGAACGCGCAGGGUCCCGCGGCUCGUGGGUGGCGCAGCGCCGGCCCUCCGCCCCACGAGCUACUGCUACGCCUCACUGCAGUCACCAGCAUACACAAACUACAGCUUUUAGCUCAUCAUCAGCUUAUACCUGCUUGCGUAGAAGUGUUAGUGUCUGGUGGCCUGCUGUCAGAGGGAGCGGCGACACCGUGUGGGGCAACUUACACUAGUGUCGGUAGAGUGACACUCGCUAAACCUGCGCCACAAGCACGCACUAGAGAACUAAGAUCAGCUGCUCUGCCUGAACCAACGGUAGCACGUUUCGUAAAACUGAGACUAUCUGGACCACAUCCACCAGCGAAAGAUGAUGAGCAGGUUGCAUUAAUGGCUGUAAACGUUCUUGGUGAUGAAGUUGAAGACGUCGCCAAAUCGUUGCCAACAACAAAAGCUGAAGUUUGUUUCUCGCCUUACGAUGACCUGGCGUUCGUUAUGUAUGUGGACAAUGAAAUUGCUGAUCUCGUUCGUAAUUUGGAUGAGAAAAAAAAGGCAGCUGUAUGUGAAGAACGCUUUGAAUAUGCACGACGACUCAAAUCAGCUGGCCAAGCUUUAGCUGCUGCGGGCAUCAGGAUUGGAAGGUGGAGACUUCGCAAAAGAACCGCUGCAGCUCGGGAUGACUUUGAAUUAGCGCGACGGAUGAGAGACAGAAUAGCAGACGCACUGAUAGGCGUUCAAGAAGACCCGGAGUUGAGGAGACUGUUUGAAGAUGAUGGACCGGACACUCGCAAUGACUCUUCUAUGCCCCAAGCUUAUGACUUCUCUCACCACUUGUCGCCGUCUGUGGCUAUGGGAGUUCAUAGCGUCGACAUUCCCUCGCCCGUACCGCCGAUAGAACAUUUACCAGAGAACGAAUUCAAUGGAGAUCACAUCGACAGCCAUCAUAUACUCGCUUCACCCGUCCAUAUUCUUGAAGAUGAAACAGAAGUACCAGAAGAACCAGCCCAACCAGAUGAACCGAUCCAAGAAGAUAAAACUGAAGUUCAAAAGAUAGAAGAAGAUUUAAGAAAGGAAACUGAAAGUCCCCGUAGAAGUAUAACUCCUACUGCUUCUAAUGGUAAUAGAGCAUCAGAAUUAAGUUAUCCAGGUACAUUAGUUAGACGAAGAAACAAGAGUGCUGGUCCUAGGUCUACUUUUGAAGCUUAUGAAGAAAGAUUGUUGCCUGCACUCAGACAUUCGCAUACAAACGAAUACCUCCGUGAGGCCCGUGAAGAAGACUGUACAGGAAGCUCUUCGUCACAUCCCCGCGUAGUACACAAGUUGAAUGAGAGGGAACGAAAACAGGCCGCGCUACCGAUACUUAUAUUUGGAUAUCCUUUGGUUGAAAAAUUCUUCUCCAAAAGCUACUUGGACAAGGAAGAAGGUCUGGCGCGUCUGCGAGCCGAGUUGACAUCACCAUCGAAUGGCAGCACCAAGACGUCUCCGAACAAAACAGCGCGAGCAGCAGCUACUUUACUCCAGAGAGUUCUGAGGGACAAAGUAUUCUCAGUCUACAGUCAAGCCAAUGAAGUUGUCAGAGUGCUGUUCAAAGAAUUCGUUCCUGAAAGGGUUUGCGCAGCGGAGGUAGGUCGAUGUCUGGACAAACUUCUCCCUGAACUGCUGCGUGCUUGCGGGGACCCAGCCCCACGCGUGCAUUCAACAGCUCAACACACCGUGCUCACAGUAGCUGAUUGUCCUUUAGUCAGAAGCCUGCACACAAUUCCACAACAGCUUGUUCGACCUGUAGCUGCUUCCAUGCAUCCUCGACUAGCUCUCUCUCGUCUUCAGAUGCUGGAACAACUCAUCCUGAGCCAUGGAAUCUCUACCGACAAGAAUAGUGGUCUGACGGUGCGUCGUUUAGCGGAGUGCGGCGCUGCAGGGGCUCAACACGCAGCCGGCUCAGUGAGAGCUGCCGCUGAAAGAAUUCUCUUAGCAGCAUACGCUAGAUCCCCUAGAGUUGUCAGAGCUCAACUUCCACCGGACGAUGCGGUCACCAGAAGAAAUCUAAUAUACAGACACCUCUUUCAACAAUUCGAUAGAAUUGAUAUGCAGAAAAUGCUAAAUCAAGCACCCACGGAAGAACAACUCCUUAAUGGAGAUCAGUCAAUUGCUGAUUCUAACUUAGAAGCUAGUGUAACACAGUCUACACGAAGCGGGACUACGGUUAGUGGCAUGACUACAUCUUAUGGAAUGACAUCUUCUAUGGAUGCCACAUCAUCUUAUAGCUUAAAAUCUAGUACCAGUGGUGGCACCCUGGCUCCUUCCAGCCUAAGUGGAAGUUUUACGACGUCGAGAACAAAAAGCAGUUUAAAAAAGACACCAACUAAAAAAUAUACACCGACUAAAUCUUCCAAAGACGCUUCGAAUUAUCCUGGCUACAACAAACUAAGACUUGACAGUGCCAUCAGUCCAAAACAUUCCCCACGAUCAUCAGUUGGUGGGAAUGAAAAGGUCCAUUUCCAGGAACGUCAAACGGAGGAAGUUGUGUUCCGUCGUACGAAUAAGAACUUAGAAAACCGCCAUUCCAUGAUCCACUAUGAUCAUGACUUGUCUAAACCUCAAUUGAAAGAGCGUCCAGUCACAGUUUACGAACCUCUGCACUUAGAGUAUAGAGACUCCCCUACUAUAGGCUCGCCGAAGAACUCCAAAAAUGACAAUCGAAGCAUGGAUUCCCUUCCCAUGGAUUCGCCUCAAAUGUCGAGAAACGAUAUGAGAUGUGAUUCUGAUAGCAGGAGUUUGGAUUCACCGAAAUUAAAGGCUGAUUACUUUAGAGAUGUGGGCUUGGAAUCCCCAAAAUUAGUAGCCGGCGUUAGAAAUUUGCAUUUGGAUGAACAGAGCCAGUUGGAUGAAAGUGGUUAUUAUAGUCCAGGACGAAGACAGCAGACGCAAAACAAUGAGCAAUACGAAGCUUACGAAGGAGUAGCAGCUGAUGCUAGCAGUGAAACAACGCCGGAGCCAGUAACAAGCACAUCUUGUACCUGGUGUGGAAGACGCGUGCGCACUGCUGCAUUGGAGGCACACUACUGGCGAAGGUGUGUGCUACUCGCUCGGUGCCCACACUGUCAUCUCGCUUUAGAAGCACGGGCUCUACACUCGCAUUUAUUAGAAGAAUGUUCUCUUAGCGAAGGCUUGUGGAAGGCGUGCCAGAAAUGUGGAGCGGCUUUACGUUCAGACGAAAGUGAAUAUCACGUCAACUGCACACCUUUAGGCCUAGACGAGUGGAAGUGUCCAUAUUGUUUGACCAACAUCUUAGCUCGAGACCUUCCUUGGCAACGUCAUCUGAUGCAAUGUCCUCGCAACCCGCGACUAACCCAACAUUAA